GCGUAUUUAACAGCCCCUUCACGUAACCAAAGCUAAUCACACUUCAUCGGAAGGAUUCGAUCUUUAUUAAUAAGGUGAGACGCAUCUAGACACAAACUGCAGUGAAAAGGAAACUUCGCACUCCAUAAAUGUUAAAGAGCAGGAGUGAUGGCUCCAGCGAUCGGUCGCUCUGAGAAUUAGUGGUCAGACUGGACAACAAUGCUUUACCUCACUCACACGGCUCACUGGCAGUUCCUGGGCCUGAUAGUCGGAUUCCUGGCAUGGAUCCUCACCAUGACCACCGCCGGCCUCAACGAGUGGCGUCUCUGGCGAGUAGGCAAUGCGUCCAUCAUCAGCUCGGGCGAGGCCUGGGUUGGUAUUUGGAGGACGUGUUUCUACAGUCAUGUCCUUCCCGAUGUGGAGAACUGUCGAAGCAUCAGCAUAUCGGACAGCUUUCUUCCCGUGGAGAUCCCCGUGGCUCAGGUGCUGAUGAUGCUCGCGGCCAUCUUUGGUCUUGCCGGGAACAUCUGUGCUGCAGUGGCGGUGAGGAUGGCCUACUUCUCUGUUGAAGAUCGCAGGAGCAUCAGGCUGGUCUUCCUGCUGGCAGGGGCGCUGUAUUUGCUCACAGGGAUGUCCUCCUUGGUGCCACUGGCGUGGAACAUGAACUCUGUGCUGAAAAACAGCACCAUAGACUUUCCUCCUGAGUUCCAAAUCCCUGCUCCUCCUGUCAGCCAGCGAGUUGGCUCAGCCAUUGGAGUGGGCCUCUGCGCCUCCAUUGCGACACUCUUAAGUGGCCUGCUUUUCCUUUGCUACAGGUACGCUUGGCGGGCCGUGAGCACAGCGGGCCCUGGCGACCAGCUCAAUGGCCCCUGGACAGUGACAACACUGCCACGCAAGUCUGAACUGGUAAAUAGAGCAGGCAUGGAUAACGCUGCCUUUCACAGUGAAUAAAACUCAACAGAAUAAAAUCUAUGAAGGGAGACUGACUUUAGGGCUUUUUGUUUUGUUUUGUAUUUUUUUAAAAGAGGCUAGGUUUGAUACUAGAACUAAAAAAAAAAGACUGACUUGCCAUAUCUCAACCAGAAAACCAAAACAAAGAGCUAAAAAAUGCUAAAAUUCCUUGUGAACAUACAAGGGAUAUUGAUCAAUUGUACUUUUAUCAUAAAAACAAUGAUUUCAUUGUACUGAAAAUAAAAGCCAGUGACUAUUUACCCUAUAGUUUCUAUUUUAGGUUUAUGUGACUGAUUGAAGUUCAGGGAUGGCUGCUUAUCUACAAAAGUAAUAAUAAACUUUAUCUCUGUUACUGAGGAGUGGUGUGUAUGUGUGUGAGUGUGUUAGUGGCCUCAGCUUUUAUGUAAGAACUGUUACGAUCAGUGUUAUUGCCACACAAGCCCGUGGGAGGCGACAUAACAUUUCAAGGUGUGGCUUCUUAGGAGUCCUGCGUGAGGAGGGGUGAGAGUCGGCCAGGUUGACCCGCACACGUGACCUGGGUAGGAGGCUGACGAGAGCAGGCAUGUGAGCGUGAAGAGGGGGCUGCUUCAUUGGGGUGAUUGUUACCAUGGAGGGCACUCAUACACACACUGGCCCUGUGGCUGGCUCUACCUCUCUGGAGGCGGCUAGCUGAUGGAGAACAAAAAGCCCUCUUCAGACAAGCACAGCACUCAGAAACGCAAGGCUCAGAAGUGGAUGACAAGUAGAGCUGCUUUAAAUACUGCAGAAAACUACUAUCUGAAUUAGGUGUAACCAAAUUUUAUUAUUUAAAAAAACAGGCUUGUAAAAAGUAGUAAAUAAUUAUUUGUCUAAAAUGUUCGCCUGUCUCCACAAACCCUACCUACCUAUCUCACUUGUGCUGUACAUAUCCUUUAGCAGAUAAAGCUGUUGUGCUUUGUUCUCUAUCUUUAUCAUUUACGGUGUUUUAUGGAGGAAAACUGAUAAGAAGACUGAUUGCAAAUGUGUCAUAUCAACGUCUGUAGAAUUAAACCCAAAGGUAACAGCAGCUGGAUAACAUCUCACCCCAUAAUAUGAGAUUUUACUUGCAGAAGAUUUGGAAUAAAACUCUAGAUGAGCAAUUAUAUCUUAAAGCCGCUGUAUUUUCCUGAAGAAUUGCCACAAUACCCAUUCAGUAAUCAAGACCAAAAUCGUUUUAUUACUCUGUGCCUGUUCACGUGUCGCCAGCGGUGGAAAAAACGUUGUCUCAAAGUAUUGAUUAGCGACUGAAAUUGAUAGCUAAAAGUCUU